AUGAAGUAUGUACUAGUCACGGGAGGCGUCGUCAGCGGCCUGGGCAAGGGCGUGACGGCGUCGAGUAUCGGCGUGCUCUUGAAGAACUGUGGUUUGCGCGUCACUUCGAUCAAGAUAGACCCCUAUCUAAACACGGACGCGGGCACUAUGUCGCCGUUUGAGCACGGCGAGGUAUUCGUGCUGGACGAUGGUGGCGAGGUGGACCUUGACCUGGGGAACUAUGAGCGCUUCCUUGACAUCACAUUGACCCGAGACAAUAACAUCACGACCGGCAAGAUCUACCAGGAGUUCGAAGCGCGGCGGCCCCCGGCGAGCGACGCGCGGCCCAGGGGGCUGUCGCUGCAGCGGUGGCAGCAGGAUGGCGGGCGCGGCAGCGGACCAGGGGCAAGGCUGUUUGGCGGUCAGGGCGGUUGCGGGUAG